GUCACUCGAGGCGGAACCAGGCCCGUCAUGGCAGGGCGGAGCUGGGGAAGGGGAAGGAAGGGGAAGGCGGAGGAGGCCCCCCCAGGUCGAGAGCUCCGCUUUCCCCCUCGCAGCCUGCCCUUUUUCGCGCCCAGGGCGGCCCUGCCCUCCGCCCGUCCCUCAGAGCUGUCGCGUCACGCGGGGCUGGGCCUCAGUGGCAAGCGGCGGCGGCAGCAGCUGCGACGGGCGGCCACUCUCGUCUUCUGCCCCAUCUCCAGCUGUGGCCGCGGGACGAGCUGCAGAAGCGAGGAGGCCGGCGGCCAUGGAGAGGCGACGGGAUGCUCCAUCGCCGCCGCCGUCGCCUCCACUCUGGACAAGCGCCGGGUCCUCUCCGACCGCGGCGGCGGCGGCGGCGGCGGCGGUGCUGUGAGGGGGAAAGCCGCGGCCGAAGGCGCAAGCGCAUCCUCCUCCCCUGGCGCCGGUGUGCGAAGGGCAAGGGGACCCGCCAUGGACGCAGCUUCCGCGGAGCUCCGGGCAUCGGGCACGCUGGGGCCGCUAGCUGCCAUCUGCCUGGUCAACCUCUUCUUGUCUGGGAAAAUCGAAAGUGCUGUCCCUUCAUUAGCUGCUUGCAGUGGAAAACUGGAACAGCAUACUGAGCGUCGUGGGGUCAUCUAUAGCCCUUCCUGGCCACUAAACUAUCCUCCAGCCGUCAACUGCAGCUGGUACAUUCAAGGUGAUCGAGGCGAUGUGAUAACUAUUAGUUUUAAGAACUUUGAUUUAGAGGACUCUCCGAAAUGUUCAGUAGACUGGCUGAUGAUUGGUCCAUCUUCCAAGCGAGAAGAAUACAGAGUCUGUGGGUCCUUCAUCCCACCUUCUUUCAUCUCUGCCAGGGAUCAUAUCUGGAUAUUUUUCCACUCUGAUCCAUCAAGUUCAGGGCAGGCUCAGGGAUUUCGCCUUUCUUAUAUCCGAGGAAAAAUUGGCCAGGCUAAUUGCCAGUCUGAUGAAUUCCAUUGUCUAAAUGGCAAAUGCAUUCCCAGCACUUGGAAAUGCAAUUCCAUGGAUGAAUGUGGUGAUAAUUCAGAUGAGAAAAAUUGCACCGUUCCCCCAACUGAGCCCCAGUCCAGCAUCUGUCCUUCCGGAACAUUCCAGUGCAGCGUAGCCCAUUCCACCAAGUGCUUGUUGAAUGAGCUGAAAUGUAAUAUGGUUAAAGACUGCAGUGAUGGUUCUGAUGAAGAAAACUGCCCUGAUCUUUCAUGUGGCAAAAGGCUUGGUAACUUUUAUGGGUCUUUCGCUUCUCCAGACUUCUUCCGCUCAGAUCACAGCCGGGCAGACCUCCUCUGCACGUGGCAUGUGGACACUCAAGAUAAUCGCCAUGUUCUCCUGCAGCUCGACUUGCAGCUUGGGUACAAUGACUAUGUGAAGGUGUAUGAUGGGUUAGAGGAGAGAGGUGAUAAACUUAUGCAAACUCUUUCAUAUCAUAACAACAGGCACUCGGUAAGCCUGGAGUCCUCCAAGGGGCAGCUGACCUUAUCAUACCAUGCCCGAUCAAAAAGCACCGGCCAUGGCUUCAAUGCAACCUAUCAGGUGAAAGGUUAUUGCCUUCCUUGGGAGCAUCCUUGUGGCAAUGAUGAGGAGUGCUACACCGAUAAGCAGCGCUGUGAUGGGUGGUGGCAUUGCCCUAAUGGCAAAGAUGAAGAGAACUGUCCUGCCUGCCAGAAGAACGAAUACCCAUGUGAGGGGAACAGCGGGCUGUGCUAUUCGUUGCUUGAUCGGUGCAACAACCAAAAGAACUGUCCUGAUGGCUCGGAUGAGAAGAACUGCUUCACAUGCCAGCCGGGCAACUUCCAUUGUGGAACCAACCUGUGCAUUUUUGAAACAUGGCGCUGUGAUGGCCAAGAGGAUUGCCAGGAUGGAAGCGACGAACACAACUGCCUGGUCAUCGUGCCCAGGAAGGUCAUCACAGCAGCUCUCAUCGGGAGCCUGGUCUGUGGGUUGCUCUUAGUGAUAGCGCUGGGAUGUGCCUUUAAGCUCUACUCUUUGAGAACCAGAGAAUACAGGGCAUUUGAAACACAGAUGACCCGUCUUGAGGCGGAGUUUGUGAGGCGUGAAGCUCCACCUUCCUAUGGGCAACUGAUUGCACAGGGACUUAUCCCACCAGUGGAAGACUUUCCUGUUUACAAUGCAUCACAAGCCUCCGUCCUGCAGAACAUCCGAACAGCAAUGAGGAGGCAGAUGAGACGCCACUCAUCUAGACGUAGCUCCUCCCGCCGGCGCUUGGGCAGGCUGUGGAACAGAAUCUUUCACAGGCCACGGGUGAGAUCUCAGAUCCCCCUGUUAAACCCCACCCACACUUCCCAGACAGUGCUUGGGGAUGGAAUCAUCAAUCAGGCAGACGGGAUGACUACCCAGAGUUUCCCAGCUUCUCCUGAGGGAGCUAAUGUUGAAACAGAGACCUGCAGCCCAAAUAGAGGACUCCCAGAGUCUGAAAACAGGAAUUUGCCUUCAGAGAGAGAAGCUACAGAAGCAUCCCCCUUGGAUGUUUUGUCAAACACUUGCACAGCAACUCUGUCGGAACUGGAGAACGGACACAGUGACAUGUCUCUGAGUACUGAAGAUGCCUCCAGUGGUGAGGUUAGACAAACCAACAAGGUUGACUCAGGAAAAACAUUUAGAGACCCUUUGUUGGAAAGGGUGACAGAAAUGCACCAGUCUGGGGGGUCGGUAUCCAGCAGGACUGUUGCAGAGAACAGAAGUUCCAGCAGGAAUAAUUUGCUGAGUGAAGUGCCAUGUAGGGUACCUUUUAAAAAGUGGGACUCCAUAUACUGUGACAGCCCUAUGAAUGUUCCCAUUCAAGUGGACGGCCAGCACUGUUGUUGCCCGCAUUCAUAUCAUGAAGAACCUUUGGGCAUUCACCCAGCUUGUUGCCAUUCCACGGAAGUGCCAAUACUCGAAUCCCCUCCCCCUCUCUUAGAAAUCAGCCCCAGCGAUGAUGAGUCUUUGCUGGUCUGCUAAUGGGAUUGUGCCGGGCUCUGGGAGGGCCUUGUGAACAUUUUGGAUUAUAUUGUAGGGCACACCAUCCAUAACCAACAUACCCAUUUCUGUGACAACACAUCUCCAGGGGAGCAGAAUAUACACAGCAAGGUUACAUAGGACAAGCUUGGUGUUUGCAGCUGAUGAAAGCAUGAUCACAUGAUCGUAUUUUCCUUCUUUAAGAAAUAUCUUUUCAUUAAAUAAUGUGGUACACCUAAAAGACAGUUGUUAUUCCGAAAGGGCUUGCAGUUUGGAAUAUCUUACUAUCUUACAAUCUCCCUUGGUAUUUGCAUACAGAUUUCUAGCAGGCUGAAAUCAUUAAAAUAUACCAAUUGGCACCUUCAGUUUGUGUGUGUGUGUGUGUGGCAUAUGUUUUUGCAGCCAGCGCCAGAUGCACAAAGCAUCUGGCAGAUACACAGUAUGUAUCUGGGAAUGGAGAAAGCAGGUAGGGAAAGUUCUGUGCUGUUGGGCUAGAGAAGUGAUGGUUAAAUCUCAAUUCAUUUGUCUGUAUCUGCUAUGAUUCUUCCACUGAUUAUAAUUACAUAUGUCAGGAGGCCUCUCUGGUGCCCUCACUUCACAAUCUGUGUGUGGUUACCAGGGAGAAAACUGGCUCAGGGGGAUUCCUACACAGGCACGCAGAUGUAACUCUUCAGAGCUAUUGCAUCUGUGAGAAGGAGCAGAAAAUCUGCAGCUCUGCAUCUGCCUGCCAUCAGGAGCUGAAGAAACACCCUGGCACAGUCUUCUCCAGCUGUCCUUG